AUGUUCACGCCAGCCUCUCUCGGCCAUGGGCGCCGAGGAGCCUGCUGCCGGCGGGCGAGGUUCGAGGACGGCAUCGACCGCUUCACGCUGAGGUUCGCAGACCCGAUGCGGGAGGACGGCUUUGCUCACGCCCACAAGGCGCCCCUGUGCAACUACACGACGCUGGCUAUGGUCGCCCUUGUCGCCUCCAGCUUCCUGGGUGGCCUGAUCGCCCACAGGUUCUGGGACAACGCCCAGUACCCCACGGCGGAGGCGAGGGAGCUCAGCAGGUGGCAGCUGCGCAUCGGCAUGAUGAUGACCACACCCUGCGCCCUCGCCCUCGGGUCUGGGAUACUGCUGGCCAGGUAUAAUAUCAUCAGCACGCUUGGGUUAGAAAUCAUCGUCGUCUCUGCCAGCACCUGCUACAUGAUAGUGAUGGUCAUCAUCCCGAAGCACUACAUGGCCCGACUCUUCGGCCACGGCGACCCCGAGGACAUCUGGGGCGUGGACCUGGGCGGCACCGACGGCCAGACGGUACUGUACAUCGACUGCGUGGUCACCGCCUUGCACCUGCUGCUGCCCAUCCGCUGGAUGAUCCUCUUCCCCAUGGAGGUCAUCGCCGUCCUGGCCUACACGGUGCCCGCGCUGCUGCUCGGCAGUCCUGCCAUGAACAUCCGAGGAAGAAACAACGGCAUAGAAGGCUCCUGCUGCUCACGGUCUUCGCGGCCAUAG